AUUAUAUUUUAUUUGGCAGUGAUUUUAAUUUUAACAUUUAAUGUAAAUUAUAUUGUUUUUUAAUGUUGACUUUUAAGGCAAUAUUUUUGUUAAAAGGGUUUGACGAUUUGAAUAAAACCAAAUAGAAUGUUGAGCAACGAGUUCUCAACUAUGAUGUCACAAAGAGUCUUUAAAUCUCAUCAGCCCUGGCUCUCCACAGUGUUCAGUAAACAUCAGAUUACUUUAGUCAGAGUUUGAUCAGUUUGAGCUGAAGUUGGAUUACUGAGCUAGAGGACAUGGAGCACAAAAUUAGUGACACAGCCUUUAAUGUGUUUGAUGAAGUUCGGUUAAAGGGUGAACACACUGACGUCAUCAUCACAGUUCAGGGCAAACAUUUUAAAGUGCAUAAGAUCAUCCUUUGUGGCUGCAGCCCUUAUUUUAGGAUGCUUUUCUCCACCCAAUGGACCAACACAGAGGAACAAUCCUAUGAUAUUCCAGGAUUGUCCUCGGACACCAUGUCUCUUAUUAUUCGAUAUGCAUAUGCAAGUCCUGUCGUCAUUACUGAAGAGAAUGUGUCGGAGCUCUUGGUGGCGGCUGAUCAGUUUCUAAUCUCAGAUCUAAUAGAUGCCUGCUGCCAGUUCCUGGAGGCAAACCUUUGCCCGCUGAACUGCAUUGGUGCCUGCAUGUUAACAGAGCGUUUCCUCUCUUGCUCAAAGCUCCACCAGAAAGCAAGGCUUUACGUCCUGCAGCACUUUGAGGAGGUGCUUCGAGUAUCAGAGGAGUUCCUGGAACUCCCGCUGGGACAUCUAAAGGAACUGAUUGCUCAGGAUGAGCUGAACGUCAAAAAGGAGGAGGUGGUUUUUGAGGCCAUCCUUCGCUGGAUUGGUCAUGCACCUGAAAACAGGAGAAAACACAUUGCCCUGCUCCUUUCAAAGGUUCGAAUGGGGUUGAUGUCACCUGACUACUUCAUGAAUGACGUAAGAAACAAUGCACUGGUGUUGGAGAACGAGGCAUGUUCGGAUAUUGUCAUCAAUGCAAUGAAGGUCAUUUUUGCCCCCUACAUUGAGGAACCUGCCAGUUCAGAGCUCAUAAAUCAGCUGACACGCCCACGUCUGCCCUCUGAGAUCCUAUUGGCCAUCGGAGGGUGGAGCUUAAGCAAUCCCACCAAUGAGAUUGAGGCAUAUGAUACAAGGGCGGACUGUUGGGUCAACAUGACUCAAGAGGAUGAGCUUCCCAGAGCCUAUCAUGGUUCAGUAGUCCUGAAUGGGUUUGUCUACUGUCUUGGUGGCUUUGACAGCAAUAAUUAUUUCAGCAGCGUGAGGAGAUUCAAUCCCAUCACUCUGACUUGGCAAGAGGUGGCUCCCAUGUAUGAACGUCGAUGUUAUGUUAGUGUGGCUGUCCUGCAUGGCCUCAUUUAUGCCAUUGGUGGUUUUAAUGGAUACAGACGACUAAAAACAGCAGAACGCUAUGAUUCAAACACCAACCAGUGGACAAUGAUGGCACCCAUGAAUGAACGGAGGAGUGACGCCAGCGCCACCUCACUGCAGGGCAAGGUUUAUAUCUGUGGUGGCUUUACUGGGGUCGAGUGUCUCUUCUCAGCUGAAAGCUUUGACCCCGAAACCAACCAGUGGAGCCUCAUCGCUCCCAUGAGAAGCCGUCGCAGCGGAGUCGGUGUGAUCACUUACGGGAAUCUAGUUUAUGCUGUUGGUGGUUUUGAUGGUGCCGCUCGUUUGCAAAGCGUGGAGGCCUACAACCCUCUUAAUGACUCCUGGCAUGAUAUACAUGCUAUGAUAUAUCCACGCAGCAACUUUGGCAUUGAGGUGGUGGACGAUCAGCUGUUUGUUGUCGGUGGGUUUAAUGGUAUGGGCACCUGCUGUGAUGUGGAGUAUUAUGACCAGAUGACGAAUGAAUGGGAUGAAGCCUGCGACAUGAGAAUUUCCCGCAGUGCUGUGAGCUGCUGUGUGAUAUCCGGGUUACCUGAUGUCACACAGUACGUAGUGGACCGAGACUCUUUACAGACAUCAGAAGACGAGUCUGAUGGUGACUGAUCGACCUCCAGUGGAUGUCUGACAUUCAAAGCAGAAUGCACACUGAAACAUCAUAGCAGAAGUGAUGUGACAUGAUAUAAAUAAAUGCAGUUGAAAAAAAAAAAUGUGUUGGAUUUUGCACUUUAAACUUUAGGAAUAGUUUCUUCAUCGAUACAGAUUUGUAGAAAUGUAGCAUUGCAUCACUUGCUUACCAGUGGAUGCUCUGCAGUGAAUGGGUGCCGUCAGAAUGAGAG